GUGCCCCGCGGGCAGAGCUCUGCGCCGGCUGACCCCCGCGUCGCUGGCUGUGUCCUCUGGGCGCGCUCAAAGCCCGGCGGCAGUCUGCACUUGGCCUCGAUGUCAGGCUGCGGCGUCGGGCGGGGCGGCGGCAGGGCCUUUCCGGGCCUUUCUUGCGGGGAGCCCCGCUCUCCCCGCCUCCAGCAUCCGCCCGGGGGCCGGGCAGGCGGGCGGGCGGGGCCCCAGCCGAGGCGCUGAGCCCGGGCAGGGAGCAGCAGCUUUUGCUGCGCCAACGCUGAGGCCGGAAGCUCCGCUCGCCCCUGGUGUCCGCACCUAACCAGGCCCUUAUCACUCACACCUAGACCACUGCACGAGACUCUAAAACGACUUCCAGAACAGCCUGAUCCAGCGUGAAGAUGACCCCACUGGCCACUGUGGUAUCUGGCCCCCGGGCCCGGCUCUUUGCCUGCUUCCUCAGGCUGGGCACUCAGCAGGCUGGCCCACUUCAGCUGCACACAGGGGCCGGCCUUUCAGCCAAGAACCACUAUGAAGUGCUGGUACUAGGUGGGGGCAGCGGUGGGAUCACCAUGGCUGCUCGCAUGAAGAGGAAAGUGGGUGCAGAGAAUGUGGCCAUUGUUGAGCCCAGUGAGAGACAUUUCUACCAGCCAAUCUGGACACUGGUGGGUGCUGGUGCCAAACAGUUAUCCUCAUCAGGCCGUCCCACUGCGAGUGUGAUACCAUCUGGAGUAGAAUGGAUCAAAGCCAGAGUGACUGAGCUGAACCCAGACAAGAACUGCAUCCACACAGACAAUGGCAAAGAGAUCUCCUACAAAUAUCUUAUUAUUGCUCUUGGAAUCCAACUGGACUAUGAGAAGAUUAAAGGCUUACCUGAAGGUUUUGAGCAUCCCAAAAUCGGGUCCAAUUACUCAGUGAAGACAGUAGAGAAGACAUGGAGAGCUUUGCAGGACUUCAAGGAGGGCAAUGCCAUCUUCACCUUCCCAAAUACCCCUGUGAAGUGUGCUGGGGCCCCCCAGAAGAUCAUGUAUUUGUCAGAAGCCUACUUCAGGAAGACGGGAAAGCGAUCCAAGGCCAAUAUCAUCUUCAACACUUCCCUGGGAGCAAUUUUUGGGGUUAAGAAGUAUGCUGCUGCCCUUCAGGAGAUCAUUCAGGAGCGGAACCUCACUGUUAACUACAAGCAAAACCUCAUCGAAGUCCGAGCCGAUAGACAAGAGGCUGUUUUCGAGAAUCUGGACAAACCUGGAGAGACCCAAGUGAUUUCAUAUGAAAUGCUUCAUGUGACGCCACCAAUGAGCCCGCCAGAUGUCCUCAAGACCAGUCCCGUGGCUGACGCUGCUGGUUGGGUGGAUGUGGAUAAAGAAACUCUGCAGCACAAGAAAUACCCCAAUGUGUUUGGGAUUGGGGACUGCACUAACCUUCCCACGUCAAAGACCGCCGCUGCCGUCGCUGCCCAGUCAGGAAUACUUGACAGAACGAUUUCUCUGAUUAUGAAGAAUCAAACACCGACAAAGAAGUAUGAUGGCUACACCUCGUGUCCCCUGGUGACUGGCUACAACCGGGUGAUUCUUGCGGAGUUUGACUACAAUGCUCAGCCGCUGGAGACCUUCCCCUUUGACCAGAGCAAAGAGCGACUUUCCAUGUACCUCAUGAAGGCCGACCUGAUGCCUUUCCUGUAUUGGAAUGUGAUGCUAAGGGGUUACUGGGGAGGACCAGCCGUUGUGCGGAAGUUGUUUCAUCUGGGUAUGAGUUAAGGAUGGCUCAACCCUUGCUCUCCGUGGAUGGCUUCUGAACCCAAAUCACAGUCGUUGAUUGACCAAGAGCAGCAUGAAGAACUUCAAACCUAACCCUGUGCUAAGAGUUUACUGCUGGAUGAUGGUGACCAAAUGCCUCCCUUUUCAGUGCCUCUGGACAGCCACCAUGUGGUCUCCCCAGGAUGAGUUUGAUUCUUUGGAAAUACUCAAAUGAAAGAUUAGAUUUCUAUUUUUUAAAUAAAAGCUUGCCAUUGAUUGAGA